UUGAAAGAUCGCGCAAAAGAAGGACGUGAAAUUACUUUGUGUUUGUCUGUUUUACUCUAACGAUAGAUAAAUUCUGCCCGCUCGUAGUCAUUUGCAAAAACGUGAAAGUGAAAUUGUGCCGGUUCAUUUUCAGAAAAAUUCCAAGAUCGAAUCUAUACUUUUGCAGUGGUGAUAAACGACGCCGGUUAUAGUUAUUGGUACAUAUAGUUAUACCGCAUUUUUCUGUUCAUACGGUUGCAAUGUCUGUGAUCGGAAUUGACUUGGGAAACGAAUCCUGUUAUGUUGCCGUUGCAAAAGCAGGAGGAAUCGAAACCAUUGCCAAUGAUUAUAGUUUGAGAGCCACACCAUCAUGUAUUGCUUUCUCUGGAAAGAAUCGAAUACUGGGGGUCGCGGCCAAGAACCAGCAGGUCACGAAUAUGAAAAACACCGUUUAUGGUUUGAAACGCUUAUUAGGUAGAAAAUUCAGAGAUCCCCAUGUGCAAAAAGAAAUACAAUAUUUACCAUACACUGUAGUGGAGGAAAAGAACGGUGGAAUUGGGAUAAAGGUCAAUUAUUUGAAUGAAGAAUAUAAAUUUUCACCCGAGCAAUGUUUGGCGAUGUUGCUCACCAAAUUGAAGGACAUUGCUACUACAGCCCUACAAACACCCAUAAAUGAUUGUGUUAUAUCUGUUCCUUCAUAUUUUACCAACAAUGAAAGGAAGGCAUUGCUCGAUUCAGCAUCCAUAGCAGGUCUCAAUGUACUAAGGCUUUUCAAUGAGACAACUGCUACAGCAUUAUCUUAUGGCAUUUAUAAACAGGAUCUCCCAGUUCCCGAAGAGAAACCUCGAAAUGUAGUAUUUGUUGAUUGUGGACACUCAUCUCUGCAAGUGUCUGCAUGUGCAUUCCACAAGGGCAAAUUACGCAUGAUAACUACUGCUUCUGACCCUAAUUUGGGAGGUAGAGAUUUCGAUUUGCUUUUGGCUGAUAAUUUUUGCAAACAGUUCCAAUCCAAAUACAAAAUCGACGCUAGAACGAAUGCAAGGGCAUUCUUGCGAUUACUUACUGAAGUAGAGAAAAUUAAGAAGCAGAUGUCUGCAAACUCUACUACCUUACCUUUGAACAUUGAAUGUUUCAUGAAUGAUAUGGAUGUGUCUGGUGAAAUGAAAAGGGCCGACAUGGAAACUUUAGCAGCCCAUUUGCUAGAAAGAGUCGAGGUUACUCUUAAACAGUGUUUGACACAGUCUGGUUUGUCUAUAGAAGAGAUUCAUUCGGUUGAAAUAGUUGGCGGAUCUAGCAGAAUUCCUGCCAUCAAACAGCUUAUCGAAAAUGUAUUCAAAAAGGUUCCUAGCACUACUUUGAAUCAGGAUGAAGCUGUUAGUCGUGGUUGUGCUUUACAAUGCGCAAUGUUGUCUCCGGCCAUUAGGGUCCGUGACUUCAGUGUGACAGAUGUGCAAACUUACCCUAUUUCUGUGGCUUGGGAAGGUAGCCCUGGAGGAGAAUCAGCGGGAGAAAUUGAAGCUUUCCCUCUCAACCAUGCUAUACCAUUCUCGAAAAUGUUGACUUUCUACAGACAGGAACCAUUUUCGAUUAGGGCUAGAUAUACCGGAAAUAUACCUUAUCCUGAUCACGAUUUAGGUACUUGGGUGAUAAAGGACAUAAGGCCGAAUGCUGAAGGCAAACCGCAAAAGGUCAAAGUCAAGGUCAGAGUGAACUUGCACGGCAUAAUGACCAUUUCCAGUGCGUCAAUGUACGAAGCCAAAGAGAGCCCCGAACCUGAAAGUCCGGAGGAGAUGCAGCAGUCGCAGAAAGAUGCGCCAGAGAGUGAACAGCAAAACUCGAACGAUCAGCAACGGAACGACGGAGACACACCGAUGGAAACAAACGGUGGUGGAGCUCCUCCUGAGGUAGGCUCCGGCUCCAGCUGGACGAAGAAAAUAUCUGCCUGGUUCAGCGGGGAGGGCAACGACAAAGAGAAAAAGAAAAAACAUACUGUAAAGAGUAUUGAGCUACCUAUUGAAUCUCUGACAAAUGGCUUCUCUCAAGUGGAACUGAACCAAUUCACCGAACAGGAAUUCAAAAUGAUCGCCUCCGACAAACAAGAAAAGGAGAGGGCAGAUGCCAGAAAUGCCUUUGAAGAGUAUGUAUACGAGUUGCGCAGCAAAGUUUCGUCCGAUGACGAGCUGGGAUCCUUCAUUCUGGAGAGCGACCAAGCUUCCCUGGUGUCUCAGCUCGACGAUAUGGAGAACUGGUUAUACGAAGAAGGAGAAGAUUGCAAUAAGCAAGUGUAUUUGGAGAAGUUGGCCCAACUGAAAUCUAUCGGAGAGCCAGUUCAGACUAGGAAGAUUGAAUAUGAAUUGAGGCCUGUCGUUAUUGAAGAUUUCGCAAAGUCUUUACAGUUAUGCAUGAAAGCUUUGGAACUCAUAAAAUCAAAAGACCCCAAAUACGCCCAUCUAACAGAUGAAGACUACUCCAAGGUGGAAGGCGCAUUCAAUAAGUCUUACCAGUGGUUAGAACAAACUAGAGUAAAAGUGGGCAGUGCUCCGAAACAUCUCCCUCCUCCAGUCACCAUAGCCCAAAUCAGACAAGAGAAAUCGACGUUUGAGAACACCGUCAACCAGGUCCUCAACAAAGCCCCUCCAAAAGCUCCCACCCCUCAGAAAGAAGAGAAAACAUCUGGAGAUCAGGAAAAGAGCUCGCAAGAAUCUAGCGCGCAACAAAACAAUGCGCAAAAUGGCGAAAAAAGGGAAGAGAACAUGGAGUGGUCGUCGCAGUAGGUUAAUUAGGUGUUUUUUAAAUUGAAUUGUAGGUUGGCACGUAUAUGCCUCACCACUAUAACAAAAUUUUUAAAUUAUGCUUAAUAUAUCAGUUAUAUUUAAAUAUACUGGAUUGUCUUUGCAUUUGCGGGAGCUGCGUGUGAGUUGGUGAAAAACAAUCUGAAAAUGAAGUUAGGACUUGAAUUUUUUUCCAAUGCUUGCACAACUUGGUGAGUAUUCAAAAUAGAGCUAAUUAUUCAUCAUCUUUUGAGGAAUAGGAUUGUUGUAUGUUAAACAAAUCCAGAAAUUAGUAUGGGGGCCACUUCCACCACAGUUAAUGAAUUACAAUAGAUUCAAUGACCUUUUGGAGAUUAUUUUAUAGUACCACCCUUUACCUAACACUCUGUAAAGUGACAGAACGAAAGCGCUGUCAUGGUAAAAGAGGUUCUAAAAUGAAUAUUUUCAUUGCAAAUAUUUCAUCAAAUAACGCAUUAUCUAUUUCUUCAAACACUUGAAAUAGUCAUGGGUCUUGUUUGAAAAUUUCGAUUGUUCAAUUUGUAAGUUAACAUUGCAUUUUAUUUUACAUUAGAUUAACUAUAGCACUGGCAUAGUUUUUUCAUUUUCAUUCAAAAUAGUUUUUGAAUCGAACUUGCUUCAAAUGCUCCUUUUGGGUGGGACAUGAAAUUUUAAUCUUUAUGUUGAAAAUGGUUAUACUGUCAAAUUGGAAGUGAUCUUAAAAUGGUUGUAUUCCCAUCAAUUAUUCACUAAUUCAAAACAAAAAAUCAGGAGAUUGAAAAUUUUGAACAUUUAUUUAUUAACUUAACUUU